AUGGAUGACUUCAUUGUAGACGAUGAAGAUGAUGAGGAAGACGAAAAGCCAAAAAAGAAACGCAAAUCAAAUAGUAGUCCUCCUGCUUCUUCGCAAGCAUCGCGGACUUCAACCGAGCCCAUUGUUCCUUCAUCUCCUCCAGCAGCUCUCAGCAAGUUCUCAGCUGGUUCAACAUAUUCCGGAUCAUCAAAGCCAGCAUUGGCUAGCUCUUCACCAGUCAGAUCCUCCUCACCGAUUAAGAAACCGUCGUUUGGCAGUACAAAGUCGUUUGAAAAGGAAAAUGAGGAACGAUAUGCAUGGCUAGUUGAUAUAAAAGAUGCUGAUGGAAACCGCGAAGGAGAUGCUGAGUACGAUCCUAGAACUUUAUACAUUCCCAAAUCCGCAUGGGCAAAGUUUACAGCAUUUGAAAAACAAUACUGGGAAAUCAAAAGCAAGAUGUGGAACACUGUUGUAUUUUUCAAAAAAGGUAAAUUCUACGAACUCUAUGAAAGAGAUGCCGAUAUUGCUCACGGUGAGUUUGAUCUGAAAUUGGCCGGUGGUGGUCGAGCCAAUAUGAGAUUGGCAGGUAUUCCUGAAAUGUCAUUUGAUUACUGGGCGUCCGCAUUUAUUGCCAAGGGUCAUAAGGUAGCCAGAGUCGAUCAGAAAGAGACGGCCUUGGCCAAGGAAAUGAAUGACCGUAAAUCUGGCAAAAAGGAAGAGAAGAUUAUCAAGCGAGAGCUCUCAUAUGUUCUUACUGCGGGAACUUUGACUGAUGAAGCUAUGUUAGUUGACGAAAUGUCCACCUUUUGUAUGGCUGUCAAGCAACAGGAUUUACAUUUUGCAACUUGUUUUGUAGAUACCGCCACUGGUGCAUUUUAUACUACUGAAUUUGAGGACGAUGUGGAUUUUUCGCAGUUUGAAACACUGAUCGCCCAGAUCCGACCCAGAGAAUUGAUCCUAGAAAAGGGAUGUAUUGCUUCAAGAGCAGUUAAAAUUUUGAAGAACAAUACUUCUGUCGAUACCUUGUGGAAUUUCUUGAAGUCUGGCAGUGAGUACUGGGAUUACGACACCUCAUAUGAAGAAUUGCUUAACUCCCGCUUCUUUAAAGGAGAGGAUGCAGAUGAUUUAUCAAACUAUCCUAUUGCCAUGAGAGAUAUUUCCAAGAACAAGCCACUUUCAAUGUCUGCUUUCGGAGGACUGAUGUGGUAUCUCAGAUCACUGAAGUUGGACGACAGUCUUAUUUCUUUGGGUAAUUUCAACUACUAUGAGACCAUUCAGAAGGGAUCAAGUGUUGUAUUGGAUGGUCAGUCUUUGCAGAACUUGGAGGUAUUUGCCAAUACUUUUGAUGGUGGUGCUGAAGGUACACUUUUCAGAUUGUUGAACAGAUGUAUCACACCAUUUGGUAAGCGAAAGCUCAAAGGAUGGGUUAGUCAUCCAUUGAUGGACCCAAUUAAAAUCAAUGCCAGACUCGACACAGUUGAAUUCUUGAACAACAACCCUGAUGUUCAAGAGUUUAUUGAGUCUAAGCUUAUCUCACUUCCUGAUCUUGAGAGAUUGCUGUCACGAAUCCAUGCUGGUCAUUUGAAACCAAAGGAGUUUGUGAGAGUGAUUGAAAGUUUUGAGCUUGUUUAUAAGCUUAUGGCAGGAUUGAACCAAAAGUUCUCUGAUUCAUCGACUGAUCCUCUUCUUAAAGAGCUUUUCGAAAGUAUGCCUAAUUUAGAGAAUCUGCUGCCCCAAUGGACAGACGCAUUCGACCGUCAAAAAGCACAAUACGAUAAUGUUUUAGUUCCUGAACCAGGUAUCGAGGAAGAGUUUGAUAACACGAAGAACAAGAUCGAUGGUAUUGAAAAGGAGCUUGAAGGUUGGUUGAAGAAGUACAAGCGUGAAUAUGGAUCAGUGGGAAUCUGUUACCGCGAUAGUGGCAAGGAAAUCUACCUGAUUGAAGUUCCCGUCAAAGUGAAAAACAUUCCUAAAGAUUGGCAACAGAUGGGUGCCACUGGUAAAGUAAAGCGAUACUGGUCACCCGAAGUGCGAAGUCUGGUAAGGGAGUUGCAAGAAGCACGCGAGCUACACAAGGUUGCUGUCGAUGGAGUACAAGCAAAGUUUUACCAGCGUUUCGAUAACGAUUACUUGCAAUGGCUGAAAGCAGUCCAAAUUCUGGGAAGUGUCGACUGUUUGAUCAGUUUGGCUAAAACCUCAAGCUCAUUGGGAUCGCCUAGUUGCAGGCCUCAGUUUGUGGAGAGCGACAGAGGUGUUCUUGAUUUCAAAGAACUUAGACAUCCUUGUUUCAUGUCAGCAAGUAGCGAUUUUAUUCCCAACGAUGUUUCCCUAGGUGGUGAAAACGCCAAUAUCACUCUGUUGACAGGAGCUAAUGCUGCUGGAAAGUCUACAGUUCUGAGAAUGACAUGUACAGCUGUUAUCAUGGCCCAAAUUGGGUGUUAUGUUCCAGCUGAAAGUGCACGUCUCACCCCCGUUGACCGUAUCAUGACGAGAUUGGGCGCCAACGACAAUAUCUUUGCUGGCAAAUCGACCUUUUAUGUUGAGCUUUCAGAAACGAAGAGAAUUCUCAGCGAAGCUACCAAUAAGUCGCUCAUUGUGCUUGAUGAGCUUGGUAGAGGUGGUAGUAGCUCGGAUGGAUUUGCGAUUGCAGAAGCAGUUUUGCAUCACCUGGCUACACACGUCGGUAGUUUGGGCUUUUUCGCAACACACUAUGGCACUCUCAACAACAGUUUCGCCAACCAUCCACAAGUCAACGCCAAGAGAAUGGCUAUUCUAGUGGACGAAAGCAGCCGCAAGGUGACUUUCCUAUACAAACUCGAAGAUGGGGUAUCUCCUGGAUCAUUCGGUAUGCAUGUUGCUUCCAUGUGUGGAAUCGAUAAAUCUAUUGUUGACCGCGCUGAAGAGGCAGCAAGAAAUUUCGAGCAUACUGCUAGAAUGAAGAAGAUGCUGGCAUCGACAUCUGGAGAUGAUUCGACCGUGCUUCCUCUGGGUAUUCAAAGUGAUUUUGUGUGGGCAUUAAAUGGCGAUGCUCCAGCCAGUAAGCCUGAGACUGGCUUUGCACUUGAAAAUAUGCUCAAGAUGAUCAAAUCUUUGUAA